AACUCACAACAGAUAGGAAGUACUUAAAACAUCCCAACUUUUAGUGCAUUUCGUUUAAGGCUUCAAACAUUCAUAAUUUCACGAGAAAGACACGUCAGAAGUUACGAUUUUGUGCCCAUCAUUAGUUAAUGAAAACAAUGGAUUUACACAAUGUCAAAUUAUCGUGACCACUCAAUGGAUUCUUAAUAUGUGGUUUUAUGCCAUCCUCUCUUGUAUGCUUAUAGUUUUAUUUCUAUCAUCAUAACCCUUCAUAAUUGUUUUUAUGGAUUUCCAAAUUUACAAGGUAGUAUAUAUUUUAUGCUUACGACUUCUGGACCUGUCUACAGAUUAAUGAAAUAUGUAUCAACCGACGGUUAUUCCUACCUGAAGCUUAGUUCAUGGUACUCCACUAGUUCGUAGUCAGCCAUUAGACUGUGGUGCCAGUUCAAUGGAUCCCGUCAACUAAGUAAACAAUGCUAAUAACAUUCCUAAUCUAGCCUCUAAGCAGUGGCUUUGUUGGACUCAUGAGCUUCGUGAACGGUUUGUCGAUGCCAUGGCACAACUUGGUGGAUAAGAUCGAUGGAAAGACGUUUUCCAAGGAAUACGAAGCAGUUGAGGGAAUGUUAGACAGAUGCUAUAUUUCCCCAUACUUCAUCACAAAUCAGAAGAACCAGAAAUGUGUAGAGUUGGAUUCGAGUGAAAAACACCGCCCAUCUGAUACAAAUGUCACAGGUGCAAGGUGCUUGUGCAUUUGAUACAGCGCUGCCCAACCACUGGAUAUCUGAAUUAUGACUUAGAAAUAGUGAAACCUCCCACUGCAAUCUCAAGUCUAUGCUAAUGGCUAUACCUGGAGACUCGUAUGCAUUACCAAGUGGGGCUAUUGCAGUGUUGAAGCCAAAUGAGUAAGUAGUUUCUAGAAAUUCAUAUCGACCUUUUUAUGUAGAGGGUGCGAUGUUCUGAGCUAGGAAUUGAAGAGGAGACAAUACGGGCCUUUUAUGUUGAUUUUGUUAGAGAGAUUUUUAUUGUUGUUCUUUUCCUUUAUGCUGAUGGGAGCAAGGCCCACUUCUGCUAAUUACCAAUCCCGUAUGUACCAAAUUGAAUUGGGGUGUUACUUUUUUUUUUUUCCAUAACAAGUUUGUUAUCCACAGAUUAUUCAUAACUUCAUAGAUAUGAAAGAAGUUACAUUUUGGAAAUUAGUUUUUAAGCAAUCCUUCGUAAAUAAGUGUCGUCAUGUGACGAUAUUUGUUAGUUCUCAGACCAGUGGCAUGAUUUUGAUCUAUUGAACUUCAGCAAAGGAGGAGGAAAAGAAGAGUAUGCACCUUUUAUUUUAAUCCUUAUUGUACUUGCACAAAUAUAGUGUAUGUUCUGCUUUGGCUGAUUAAUCCAUUCAUAUUUUCUACAGGACAGAGAUUGGAAAGCAUGAGAUGAACAAAAUAUAUGCAACAAAGGAUGAUUGUAUACUGAUGAAAAAUUAUUCUUUUCGAACUUCUCUGAAGUUAUCUUUGUUCUUCGUUUUA